CCUCCCAACGGCCCUUUCCAGGAAUGCAUUGUCACCGCAUUUGGCAGAGACACGACUCGAUAUGCAUUCCCCCAGGACUUGCUGUUUGGCUUGACAGAUCAACGGCCAUACAACCUGGACGCGGCAUGGACACCUGCUGCGAUUGUGUAUCCGCACAGUGCGAUCGAAAUAUCCACUUCGGUGUCCUGCGCGUAUGAGUAUGGUGUUGCGGUCCAGGCGAGAAGUGGCGGCCACAGCUAUCGUGGGUUUGGACUUGGAGGACAAGAUGGCUCUCUCGUUGUCGACCUCAGAUUUCUCAAGGACUUUUCAUACAACUCGGCCACUCAACAAGUCACCUUCGGAUCUGGCAGUCUACUCAUGGAUCUGGAUCGACAGUUAGCAGCGAUAGAUCGAGUCAUGGCGUAUGGUGUUGUUGGCGAUAUAGGCACAGGAGGACAUCUUGCCAUAGGAGGACUUGGGCCGCUAUCACGACUCCUUGGGCUUGCAGCUGACCAGGUUGUCUCUAUGCAAUGCGUGCUCGGAGACGGCCGCAUCGUUACGGCUUCGAAUUCGGAGAAUCCAGAUCUCUUUUUCGCCAUGAAAGGGGCAGGCUGGUCUUUCGCGAUAGCCACGCAAUUCACCAUGCAGACCUCUCCAGCGCCAAGCACUGUCACAAGCUACCAAUUCAACAUCACCGCCGGCACUAUCGGAGGCCUCGCAGAUUCAUUCAAGGCGUGGCAAAAACUCGUCGCGGAUCCGGACCUGUCUCGCUACUUUGCCUCCACGUUCGUUCUAACGGUAGACCUCGCCAUCUACUCGGGCACUUUCUUCGGAGAUGAGGAAACUUUCAACCGGCUCAAUCUUGGUCUUUCGCUCUUUGACGGCAUCAUUGGCAUUUCAAUCGUAAGUCGGGUGGUGACAACCGUCAUUCACGAAGUCAUCGACAUUGUGCAAGAUCUUUUCGGCCAGAUCCCUCAACACUUCUACUCCAAGAGUCUGAAAUACACUCGCAACACGCUACUCUCUGACUCUGCCGUCGAUACUUUAUUCCAGUACAUCGACCAGACCCCGAAAGGAGUGUUGAUCUGGUUCAUCGUCUGGGAUCUCAAUGGCGGGGCAAUCGCCGACAUUCGACAAGAUGCCACCGCAUACUGGAAUCGAGAUGCACUUUUUUUCCAACAGAGCUACGUGUCAGACCCCCUUCUCCCAAUCUCUCCGACAUCCUACGAUUUCUUGAACGGCAUCAACGCACUCGCGAAACAACUCAGGCCUGGCAGCGACGACAGUGCUUAUCCGGGAUAUGUCGAUCAUCUUUUGCCUGACCCUUUGACCGCGUACUGGGGUGGUAAUGUGCCUCGAUUGAAGCAAAUCAAAGGAAAAUAUGACCCGGCAAACACUUUUAGGAAUCCGCAAAGUAUU